AUGCCUAGACGCGACAAGAAAAGCGAACUCAGAGUUGUCGUGGGGCGUCUGAGAGGAGUGAAUGACAUAAGAAUCGGCACGCCGGCACACCCGCCUUCCUUCUUGCCACCCAAUACCACUCCAGUCGCGAAACGCAAACCUAGCAUCACGGAAUACACAUUUGAGCAAUAUCAAGCUGCCAAUCUCAACGAUGACGAGAAACACGCCGUCAUCGGCAAGCUCCGCGGUGAGCUGCCCAUCAUUGAUCGCGAUGAGGUCGACGAGGUUCUUCUCCGUUCGAUGGCACAGCAGCUUGAUCUGGCGGUGUUCCCGACUUGCAAGAUGAUGCAGGUUGAUCCGGCAGCGGUCAAGCGUAUGCUAGAUGACCAGUUUCGCAAGGCGUACGGAGCGGAGGUUGAGGCUAGCGUGACGAGGAAACUAGGGCUGUGCCGUGUUGAAGAUGUUGAGCUGGCAGUGGCUGCGGAGAGGAUACGUAUCAGUACUAAGAAGAAGGGUAAGAGGCAGAAACUGGGGAAGAGUGAAGAGAUGCUAGUAGAAGAGGAGGAAGACGCCGUUGCGACUGCACCAUCUCCGCCGACCAAGGAGGUGAAGACGGCGCCAAAAAGCAUUGAGAAUGAGAUCAAGGCCCAUAUCGCACGCCGGAAGCGAGCAAAGCAGGGGGUAAAGAUGGUGAUGCUGCGUUCGGAAGCUGUUUCGCAGGAAUGGGAGAAGUUGAGUAAUGCGACGUAG